UAAUAAUACUAUUAAUCGAUUUUGAUUUAGUUUAAAACCUCUAGUCUCUUGUUUCUCUUUCUCAUUCUCUGCGUAACAGAACUUGUCUGCUUCUAAAUUUGGGAGAGAAAAAGGGAAGAGAAGAAUGGGAGAAUGUAGGCCACUUGGUUUCUUGUUGGGGCUACCAUUUGCACUUGUCGCUCUCCUUCUAUCUCUUGUUGGUGCUGUCAUCUGGAUCAUUGGGACGAUACUGAGUUGUUUGUGCCCAUGUUGCUUCUGUUUCGCUACGUUGGCUAACUUCGCCGUGAAUCUCAUCAAACUUCCUGUCAAAGUCCUCCGUUGGUUCACACACUCCAUCCCUUGUUAAGACUAGACUCCUCUCCAUUACUUUAAUUUUCUUUUUCUUUACUAAAUUAUUUUUUGUCACGAAAAUUGUUAUUAUUUUUUUUUUAAAUGUAAUUUUUGGGUAAUAUUAGAAUGUUAAAUGUUCUUAAGAUAAGGCUUA